CAACAACAACACUCAGAACAACAUGCACAACAACAACAACAAGAACAGCAAUGCUGAUGAUUGGCAGCGUCGCCAGCGCGAAGCGAAUCGCAUCUAUUACGAGGAGAUUGUCGUGAAACAGGCCAAUUCACACACUCUCUCGCGCAACAAUAUCAAGAGCAACAGUUGCUAUCGUAACAGCAACAGCAACCGCAACAGCAACUGCAACAACAGCAACAGCAGCAAUCGUAGCGCAUCCGCGGUCAGUUUCGUCGACAAAUUCGCUGAUUUUGUAACACAUAACCGUAGCAUUUUGAAAAGCAACUGCGUGAAACAAGUGCACAACAAUAACACUAAUUAUAACAACGCUGUCUCAUCUCUCAUUCCAAACUCUAACAACAACAGCAAUGGCAGCAGCAGCAACACCACCACCACCAUCAGCACCAGCAACAGCAACCACAACAACAACCACAACAACAACGUGAGCAGCAGCAGCAGCAGCAAUGGCCUCAAAACAACCGUUGGCAAGAAGACGCCCGUCAUUCUACUGGCCACCCGUGGAGCUGGCAACAAAUUGCAGCAGCAGCAGCAACAACAACAGCAGCAGCAACAACAACAACAGCAGCAACAUCCGCCUCUAACACUCAUCAAUGGCAACAAAGCGGCGGCGGUCACAUUGGUGCGCGUCAACGCGAAUCCAAAUCGAAAUCGCCAGGUUAUCAUCACCCCCGACGCAUCUAGUCUCCAACAACAGCAGCAGCAGCAACUUGAGGAGGCUGCUGCUGAGGUGCAACAACAGCAUGAUGAGGAGGCGGAGGAGUUCAUCGAUGAGGAUGUGUACGAUGAUGAGGAUGCUGUCUUAUCCUCAUCGACAGCGCAAAUCUUGCGUAAAUUUCGCAUACCCAAAGGCACAGCGCUGACAGCCAAGUCUGGCGAUGGCUAUUUGGCAAUGCCAACGCCAACACCCUCGCCGCCAAUUGCAACAGUCGCUGGCAGCGUCAGUCUCGAUGCCUCCAGUUAUGUGGAUAAUACCGAUGACAUUAUCGAAGAGCUCAACGAAGAUGAUCUCGUUGAGGAGGUCAUCGAUGAGGAGACGGGCGUCUGCGAGGACGAGGAUGAGGAACAGCAGCAAGUGUUGCUGCAACAGCAGCAAUCAGCAGCUGGCGACAACGAUGGUCUCGAUCUCAGCAGCAAUAGCAAUAAUCACAACGCAACAGCUGCAGCUGCCACAUCGGCAAUGCAAUUGCUGCAGCAGCAACAACAACCGGCAGCAUUGCAACUGCAAACUGUGGGACCAAAUGGCACCGUUACCUGCUUCAAUUUGCCAGCAAAUACGAUAUUGGUGCAGGCGUCCGAUGGCAGCAUCAUUGCUCAUCCCAGCAAGGCUGGACAACAGCAAUUGAUCGUGUUGCCAGCGGAUUGGAAUACAGCCAACAUGGCAAUGGCGGAGACAGCUGCAGCAGCAGCAGCGGCGGCGCCACAACAAACUCAAACGUUGCUGCUGACGGCAGAUGGAACUGCUAUACCCAUAAUGGCGCCACUCCAGCAACAGCAUCAACAGCAGCAGCAGCAACAACAAGCCGCAGCAGUUGCUGCUGCUGCGCAGCUAUUUGCCGCGUAGGGUCUAAUGGGUGGCCAAAUGGGUCGAUUUUUGAAUAAUGCCACCAUAAUGCCAACAACAUAUUUCUUUUAAUCCCAGUACCAGUACCUAAGUCGCGUUGCAUCUGCCGCAAAGCAGCAAAAUUAACCAGGGGGCACAGCUCAUCAAUGUUGCUUUGCGCCACCUGCAACACAUUUUAACUAUAUACAUUGAGUUAUAUAUCGAAGACUAUAUUUAUAGUGGUCGUUUAUAAAUUGGAUUGUUUCGCUUUCGGGCAUUAUUUUUAUUUAACGAGUAAUUUCUUAAAAAUCAUUUUUAAUUCAAAAGUUCUUAGCAGUUUAGAAUUGAUUGAAAAUAAGAAUUCUAAUUUCAAGAAAAGGAAAUUUGCAUCAAACAAUAUAAUUUUAAUAUAUUGGUAUAUUCAUUUUUCUACAAAUACUAAUUUAAGAGCGAUCACUGUAUAUUUUACAACAUAUAUAUAAUUUGUAAAGCCAUUUAACCCCCAAUUUAUUUAGGGCGCAUAUCAAAAAUCGACGCAUUUGGCCACCAAAUGCAAAUCAAAAGUAAAAAUUAAAAAUAAACAAUGCAUAAAAAUACCGACAGCCAAGUUAAACUUAAUAAAACCACAACUCAAUUGUAAAGCUAUGCAAAAAAAAAAAACAGAAAGAAAACAAACUGAUAUUACAUAAUGUUAAUGUGCAUACCAAAUUUAUUUUUCUAUAUAUAUCUAAAAAAAAAACAUAAUAAUACACAU